AUGGGUGCCAAAUUCAGGACGCUAGAACGUGAGCAGCGGUUCCAAAACCCUCCUACGGACCAAUCCGUAUACCCCUUGCUUCGUGACGCAGUCUCGCCUCACAUUGGCUCCUUCAAUGCCUUGACCGAUGGCCCCGAUGGCGGUCUUUUGAAUCUCGCAGUAAAGGAUAUCGGUGUCAAGACCAUCUUUGACUCUGGCGAUGAAAACAGACUCGGAAACAAGUUGAAGAUCAGAGUCGAUGCGGUGCAGUUGGCCCGUCCUGCUGUCGCUCCAAACGAUAAGCUUUCAGUCUCGCGUAGAACGUUCCCAAGUGAAUGUAGAGAAAGAAUGGUCACAUACAGAGGUAAGCUCAUGAUGAAGGUGGCUUGGACCGUCAACGAUGGUGAAGAGGUCAGCGAGGUGCGUGACGGUGGUCUUGUUCCGAUCAUGUUGCAGUCCAACAGAUGUCACUUGGAGAAGAUGUCGCCUAAAGAGUUGGUUGACCUGAGAGAAGAGUCCGAUGAAUUGGGUGGUUAUUUCAUUGUCAACGGUAUCGAGAAGUUGGUCCGUAUGCUUAUUGUGCAAAGAAGAAACCAUCCCAUGGCCUUGAUCCGUCCCUCGUUCGGCAACAGAGGUAACCUCUACACCAAGUUUGGUGUGCAGAUCAGAUGUGUGCGCCCAGACCAAACGUCCCAGACAAACGUCUUGCAUUAUUUGAGCAAUGGUGAUGUGACGUUCCGUUUUUCGUACAGAAAGUCCGAGUACUUGGUCCCUGUAGUGAUGAUCUUGAAGGCUUUGGUCGAGACCAAUGACCGUGCUAUUUUCGACGGUAUCAUCGGUUCCGAUACGAGCUCCUCUUUCUUGACCGAUCGUUUGGAGUUGCUUUUGCGUAACUACAAAGCCUACAAUCUUAACUCAAAGAACGAAACCUUGGCUUACUUGGGUGACAAGUUUAGAGUCGCCUUUGGUGCCACCAUCGAUGUCUCCGAUAUUGACGUCGGUAAAGAGGUUCUCAACAGAAUCGUGCUUGUCCACUUGCCUGACAACGCGGACAAAUUCCGCAUGCUUUUGUUUAUGAUCAGAAAGCUUUACACCUUGGUCGCAGGUGACUGUGCUCCUGACAAUCCAGAUGCUACCCAGCAUCAAGAAGUCCUUUUGGGUGGUUUCUUGUACGGUAUGAUUAUCAAGGAGAAGAUCGAGGAGUAUUUGCAGAACAUCAAGACACAAAUUAACUCCGACGUCAGUCGUGGUGUCACUGUUAACUUCAACGAUAGAAGAUAUAUGUCAAAGGUUUUCCAAAAGGUCAAUGAGAACAUUGGUCAAAAAUUGCAAUAUUUCUUGUCUACUGGUAACUUGGUGUCUCAAUCUGGUUUGGAUUUGCAACAAGUUUCCGGUUACACUGUUGUUGCUGAGAAAAUUAAUUUCCAUCGUUUCAUUUCCCAUUUCAGAAUGGUCCAUAGAGGUUCGUUCUUCACAGAAAUGAAAACCACUACCGUCAGAAAGUUGUUGCCUGAAUCUUGGGGUUUCUUGUGCCCUGUCCACACUCCCGAUGGUUCUCCAUGUGGUUUGUUGAACCAUUUGGCUCAUAAAUGUCAAAUUGCUGUUAAGGCUUCUGAUGUCUCUGGUGUUCCUGCUGCUUUGGCCCAGCUUGGUGUUUCUCCUGUGGAUACAUUCGCAGCCGGCCCCAAGAUGUGCUGUGUCCAAUUGGACGGUAAGAUCAUCGGAUGGACCACCCAUGAACAAGGUAAGUUGGUUGCAGAUGCCUUGAGAUUGUGGAAAAUUGAAGGUAAACACAAUCUUCCUCGUGAUUUGGAGGUCGGUUAUGUUCCACCUUCGUCUAAGGGACAAUACCCAGGUUUGUUCCUUUUCGGUGGCCACGCCAGAAUGAUGAGACCAACAAAGUACUUGCCUCUUGACAAGGAAGACAUUCUUGGUCCAUUCGAGCAGGUAUACAUGAACAUUGCAGUUACCCCCGCUGAGAUUGUGAAGGGCGUCCAUACCCAUGUUGAAUACUCUCCUACUAAUAUCUUGUCCAUUUUGGCCAACUUGACUCCAUUCUCCGACUUCAAUCAGUCUCCAAGAAAUAUGUACCAAUGUCAAAUGGGUAAGCAAACUAUGGGUACGCCUGGUGUGGGACUCAAACACAGAUCCGACAAUAAGCUUUAUCGUCUACAGACUGGUCAGACCCCAAUCGUCAAAGCAAAUUUGUAUGACGAUUAUGGAAUGGACAACUUUCCAAAUGGAACCAACGCUGUGGUUGCUGUCAUUUCCUACACCGGUUAUGAUAUGGAUGACGCUAUGAUUAUCAAUAAGUCUGCCGAUGAGAGAGGAUUUGGUUAUGGUACAGUUUACAAGGUCGAGAAAGUUGACCUUGGCCAAAGCCGUAAGAGAGGAGAUCCAAUCACUCAGCAUUUCGGCUUGGGAGACGAUGAAUGGCCUGCUGAGUGGAAGGAGAAGCUUGACGACGAUGGACUUCCUCUUAUCGGUGUUAAGGUUGAAGAGGGUGAUCCAAUUUGUGCAUUCUACGACGAAACCUCAGGUAGAACAAAGGUUAAGACCUACCACUCCAGUGAACCUGCUUACAUUGAGGAGGUCAAGCUUUUGGGUGACGAAGCAGCUGAUCAAGAAUGUCAGCAGCUCACUAUCAAAUUCCGUGUCAGCAGAACUCCAUUAAUUGGUGACAAAUUCUCCUCCAGACACGGACAGAAGGGUGUUUGCUCUCGUAAAUGGCCAACAAUUGACAUGCCAUUCUCUGAAUCUGGUAUUCAACCUGAUGUCAUUAUUAAUCCUCAUGCGUUCCCAUCUCGUAUGACUAUUGGUAUGUUUGUUGAGUCCCUUGCCGGUAAGGCCGGUUCUCUUCAUGGUCUCUCGUAUGAUGCUACCCCUUGGAGCUUCAGUGAGAGCGAUACUCCCGCUGAUUUCUUUGGUGAGCAAUUGAGAGCUGCUGGUUAUAACUAUCACGGUAAUGAGCCAAUGUACUCCGGUGCUACCGGUGAAGAGCUCAGAGUGGACAUCUAUAUCGGAGUUGUUUACUACCAGAGAUUGAGACAUAUGGUCAACGACAAGUUCCAAGUCAGAUCCACUGGACCGGUCAACUCUUUGACCAUGCAACCUGUGAAGGGUCGUAAGAGAAACGGUGGUAUCCGUGUCGGUGAGAUGGAAAGAGAUGCUUUGAUUGGACAUGGUACUUCUUACUUGCUUCAAGAUAGAUUGUUGAACUCUUCUGAUUACGCGCAAACACCAAUCUGUCGUAGCUGUGGCUCUUUGCUAAAUACGCAGAAGUCAGUUCCACGUAUUGGCUCUUUGGCCUCGAUUAGAUGUCGUGGCUGUUCAGAGAAGUUGGAAGUCAUAACGAAAAAGGGUGUUUACGUGAACGAGGCGGAUAUAUGGGAGGAUGGCCAUGGUGUCAAAUUUGUCGGUGGAGAUGACACAACAACCGUGGCUAUUCCAUUCGUGUUGAAAUACUUGAACUCUGAAUUGGCCGCCAUGGGUAUUAAGAUGCGCUACAAUGUUGAACCCAAAUAA